UAGAUAAGACAAGGUUUUCUUUAUUUUCAAGCAAAUCAAGAAGACGGUAUAAAUGCUACUGUCCGGAUUAUGCCGACGAAAGUUCACAUUUUCCGGGCUUAGAAAAGUGCCCCAAGUUUCUUUCUUCAAGAUUUAAUGCCCGAGCGCUGAAAGUUUUAUUAGUUCUUGUCACCGGCAUCCGGUGGGUGCACAGCUCAGCGCCACCGCCAUCCCCUGGGCCCCACCACCUCAGUUAAGAAAUUCGCUGAUUUUUUUUUUUUUAAAUCUCUCUCAUUAUUUCUCGAUCUCUCUGUCUUUGUCCCCUCCUUUCUUCGCAUCUCCUCUCUUACGCGUCUUCAUCUCCACACACGCCCCCAACCCUCAUCUCUUUGUACUUACUGCCUCCCUUCCCCCUUCUCUUUCUCUCUCUCAAUUUCGCCGUAGAUUAGGAGUUAGGACCAGCCUGGUCACAGCGGAGACUUAGCUUCUGAAAGAAUCAAAAUAGCAGCGCGCCUCCAGACUUUUUUCUGCUAUCUCUUCAAUGCUAAAGUCAUUUUCGAUCCUGUUGCUUUUCUUUACGAGAGGUUUGGCUUUCUUGUGAUGCUUGCUGUUCUGGGCCUUCUUCUCCAAUGCGAAAGCGGAUCUGAGUGACUAGUCGUAGCAGUCUCAGAAGAACAUUUGUUUUGAGCUGGGGCUUCUUGAUUUGGGGACUUGGGACUUGUUUACUCUGACUCGUUUGUGAUGCAUACCGGAGGACGACUCAUCGCUGGUUCUCACAACAGGAAUGAGUUCGUCCUGAUCAAUGCAGAUGAGAAUGGGCGGAUUAGGUCUGUCCAAGAAUUAAGUGGACAAAUAUGUCAGAUUUGCGGGGAUGAGAUAGAAAUUACGGUUGAUGGGGAACCGUUUGUUGCUUGCAAUGAAUGUGCUUUCCCUGUUUGUCGUCCUUGCUAUGAGUAUGAGAGAAGGGAGGGAAAUCAGGCAUGUCCACAGUGUAAAACCAGAUACAAACGCAUCAAAGGUAGUCCAAGGGUUGAGGGUGAUGAGGAUGAGGAUGACAUUGAUGACUUGGACAACGAAUUUGAUUAUGGGGACCCUGAUUCCUUGGGCCCACACCUAAUGUCAGAUGGAUGCCUUCACACUGGUCGUGGUUGUAAUUCUAAUAAUGCCUCUGGAAUCCCAGCAAAUUUGGAUCAUGCAUCCUCCCUCAAUUCUGAAUUUCCUCUCUUGACGUAUGGGGAAGAGGUUUCUGAGAUAUCUUCUGAUCAGCAUGCUCUAAUUGUUCCACCAUACAUGAAUCAUGGAAAUAGAGUCCAUCCCAUGCCCUAUAAUGAUCCAUCCGUUCCUUUGCAACCCAGGCCUUUGGCUCCCAACAAGGACCUUGCAGUGUAUGGGUAUGGAAGUGUACAUUGGAAAGACCGGAUGGAAGAGUGGAAGAAAAGGCAGGGUGACAAACUUCAGGUGGUGAAGCAUGAAGGGCAUAAUGGUGGAAACUUUGGUGAUGCCUUGGAUGACUCUGAUCUGCCUAUGAUGGAUGAAGGCAGGCAGCCACUGUCACGGAAGCUUCCAAUCCCUUCAAGCAAGAUAAAUCCAUACAGAAUGAUCAUAAUAACCCGCCUUAUAAUUCUUGGGCUUUUUUUCCAUUAUAGAAUUCUCCAUCCAGUUAACGACGCAUAUGCCCUGUGGUUGACAUCCGUCAUAUGUGAAAUAUGGUUUGCUGUAUCCUGGAUUAUGGAUCAGUUUCCAAAGUGGUACCCAAUAAAGCGAGAAACAUACCUUGAUCGGCUAUCACUUAGGUAUGAAAAAGAAGGGAAGCCUUCUGAGUUAUCCAGUGUGGAUGUGUUCGUCAGUACCGUCGAUCCCUCAAAAGAACCUCCACUAAUAACCGCAAACACUGUGCUUUCCAUCCUUGCUGUUGAUUAUCCAGUCGAUAAAGUUGCUUGCUAUGUCUCUGAUGAUGGUGCUGCCAUGCUCACUUUUGAAGCACUUUCCGAGACAUCUGAAUUUGCUAGAAAAUGGGUCCCCUUUUGUAAGAAAUACAAUAUUGAGCCCCGGGCCCCAGAAUGGUAUUUUAGUCAGAAGAUUGACUAUCUGAAAAACAAAGUACAUCCAGCAUUUGUCAGGGAAAGGAGGGCAAUGAAGAGGGAUUAUGAAGAAUUCAAGGUGAGGAUUAACAGCUUGGUGGCAACAGCGCAGAAGGUUCCUGAGGAUGGAUGGACCAUGCAGGAUGGGACUCCAUGGCCUGGAAACAACGUUAGAGAUCAUCCUGGCAUGAUUCAGGUAUUCCUUGGUCAGGAUGGUGUUCCUGAUGUUGAAGGAAAUGAGUUGCCUCGCUUAAUUUAUGUAUCUCGAGAAAAGAGACCAGGAUUUGAUCACCACAAAAAGGCUGGGGCUAUGAAUGCUUUGGUACGAGUGUCAGCGAUUCUCUCAAAUGCACCUUAUCUUCUGAAUGUCGAUUGUGAUCACUACAUUAACAAUAGCAAGGCGCUUAGAGAAGCUAUGUGUUUUAUGAUGGAUCCUCAAUCUGGGAAAAAAGUAUGCUAUGUGCAAUUCCCUCAAAGAUUUGAUGGAAUUGAUCGCCAUGAUAGAUACUCAAAUAGAAAUGUUGUAUUUUUUGAUAUCAACAUGAAAGGAUUGGAUGGCUUGCAAGGACCAAUUUAUGUUGGAACUGGGUGUGUUUUCAGGAGGCAAGCACUUUAUGGAUAUGAUGCACCUGCCAAGAAGAAGCGCCCUAGCAAAACCUGCAACUGUUGGCCAAAGUGGUGCUGCUGCCUUUGCUUCUGUUUUAGAAAGAAAAAGAACGGAAAGUCCAAAACGAAGACAAAGAAGAGGGUGAAGCUUGGGGAUGCAUCAAAGCAGAUUCAUGCGCUCGAAAAUAUUGAGGGAACUGAAGGGGUUAAGGAGGAGAGGUCAUCCGAUCUCACUCAAAUGAAGUUGGAGAAGAGAUUUGGGCAGUCUCCUGUGUUUGUGGCUUCGACACUUCUGGAACACGGUGGACUUCCACCAAAUUUGAGUCAUGCAUCUCUUUUAAAAGAAGCUAUCCAAGUCAUCAGCUGUGGUUAUGAAGACAAAACUGAGUGGGGGAAAGAGGUUGGUUGGAUAUACGGUUCUGUUACAGAGGAUAUAUUGACUGGAUUUAAAAUGCAUUGCCAUGGUUGGAGAUCUGUUUAUUGCAUCCCUAAGCGGCCUGCAUUUAAGGGAUCAGCUCCAAUCAACCUUUCAGAUCGUCUACACCAGGUUCUUCGAUGGGCUCUUGGUUCAGUUGAGAUAUUCUUGAGCAAACAUUGCCCAAUCUGGUAUGGCUACGGUGGUGGGUUAAACUGGUUGGAGCGAUUUUCUUAUAUUAAUUCUGUCGUAUAUCCAUGGACUUCCCUUCCAUUGCUGGUUUACUGUACCCUACCAGCUAUAUGCCUUUUGACCGGAAAAUUUAUAGUGCCUGAGAUUAGCAACUACGCCAGUCUUAUCUUCAUGGCCCUCUUCAUAUCCAUUGCAGCAACUGGUAUUCUUGAGAUGCAGUGGGGUGGUGUCGGUAUAGAUGAUUGGUGGAGAAAUGAGCAAUUCUGGGUUAUUGGAGGUGUUUCUUCUCAUCUUUUUGCCCUUUUCCAGGGUUUACUGAAGGUUUUGGCUGGUGUGGACACAAAUUUCACUGUCACCUCGAAAGCUGCUGAUGAUGGAGAGUUUUCAGAGCUCUACAUCUUCAAGUGGACUUCACUAUUAAUUCCUCCAACUACCUUAUUGAUCAUCAACAUUGUUGGGGUUGUGGUCGGUGUCUCAGAUGCCAUAAACAAUGGGUAUGACUCAUGGGGUCCUCUCUUUGGUAGGUUAUUCUUUGCCCUCUGGGUCAUCAUCCAUCUUUACCCGUUCCUGAAGGGGUUACUUGGAAAGCAAGAUCGUAUGCCGACCAUCGUAUUGGUCUGGUCAAUCCUGCUGGCUUCCAUCUUAACUCUCAUGUGGGUUCGAAUCAACCCUUUUGUUUCGAAAGAUGGACCUGUGUUAGAAAUUUGUGGUUUGAAUUGUGACCAGUCAUGAAUAAACGGCUGAAAUUGUGGUUCAGCUAGACUACUCCUGGUUGCCUUGCUUGGUGGAAGAAGGAAUUUCACCAGAUACAGCACGCGUGGUGAUGUUGCACGAAUUUUUGGAUGCAAGUAUUUUUGUGGUUUGUAGAUAAAGAGGAAGGGGAUUGAAGGCUGACACAUUGUUACCUACAAUUGCGGGUUUUCCAUUUAUUCUUUGAUUACAUUUCCGUUGGGGGGUGGGGGUUAAGUGUCAUUCUUUUCUUUUCUUUUUUCCCGGUUUCUUUGUAUUUUUAUAAGAUCAUUGAAUGAUAAAUAUUUCCCCUCCUUGAAGUGAGGGAUCUUAAGAAUCUCAAGCGAGUAGUCCUGUGUUGAAGUAUGGUUCUUGUCCAAAACCCUGGAGACUGGGAGUAUGUGCUCCUCGUCUGUUUUGUCAACAUCUAUUGAUAUUCUGUUCUGUUUCCA